GUUGCAGAACAAAGACAUUACGAGACCGUCUCAGGACUAGUUUGUGAUGCCUGCCAGCCAGGGACACAUCUACUAGCUGACUGCACCGAGACCACGCCCACACGUUGUGAGGCGUGUGUUCCACAACUGACUUUUUCCACGCAGUAUAAUGCAGCGCCUUACUGUCAGCCCUGCAGUAUUGGGUGUCAUGGCUAUGCAGAGGAGCAGGUCGCGAAUUGUACAGUAACAAGUGACAGGGUGUGUGGCUGUAAGGAGGGGUAUUAUAGAUGGCAGCACUGGGGUAACUGCCAGAGGCACACCCCUUGUCGUCUAGGAUUUGGUGUCAAACAGCUAGGCAGUAGAGAGAAUAACACUCAGUGUGAGAAAUGUCGCCAUGGUUACUACUCGGAUCACGUGUCUCUUACUCAGAAGUGCAGGAAGCACACAGACUGCUCUGCCCUGGGCCUGGUUGAAAUGAGGGCAGGGAGUAGAUUUUCUGAUGUUCAGUGUGGCCCUUGUCCCACUGAUGGCAACAUCACUGAUCACACAGCUGCUACCUCUGGUGUGACAGUUGACCCUGGUGUUGAGGGGCAGACAACAACCUUUGGCUUUGACCUAGGCACUGUUAGAAACAAUAUUACCAACUUUACCAUUGACAGUGUUCUUGAAAGUCCAGAAUCCCUGCAUGGUGCAUUGGGUGGUGUUGGUAUUGGUGCUGGUUUAGUUAUCAUAGGUCUUCUUUUUGCCGCCUACUGUUGGUGUAGAAAGAAUAAAACUGAUGGCAAAGAAAGGUUCCCACAGAGCAGCGAGGAGAAACACCCUCCCUGCAGUGAAGAUUCUGGAGAUCAAGAACCAGCUGAAGUCCACCAUAGAAAACGGACAAAUGGUGACAAAAAGAAGGAAAAGCCCAAAUUGCGAUUUCAAUUGCCAAACGAGAUGGACCCAGUGUUGAAUAAUAACAACAAUGGUGAAGUGUCCAUCACCAUACCUCCCACACCUCCCCCACAAACCAAGAGUGAGGUACUUCAUGGACAGGAGAGGGGCACCUUGCGCAAAAGAUCAUCUAACACAAGCUUGGAAGAAAUAAAAGGAAACUUAAUGAGAGAUGUAUUUGCACAUCUUUCAAGAAAUCUAGGACACAAGUGGAAGAUGUUCAUGAGAAAGCUGAAGAAUGGUUUGAGUGAUGCAGAUCUGGAAGUGUUAGAGGCAGACAUUCCCAAUAACAUGGUGGAGAGAGCAUACCAGGCAAUGGUGAAGUGGUUUCGCCGUAACCCAUUUGAGGAUCUAUCCACCCUGGUGACGGCUCUGGAAGACCCAGUGGUCGGCAAGACUGACCUGGCCGACUAUAUCAGGGACAAGUACAGGACAUCUGGCUUCUUGUCCAUAGAGGCUGAUGCUCUCCCAGUUUGUCAGCCACAGCCAUCUUAGUUAAUUUUUGGGAAAUUGGUUAAAGUUUUGUAAGAGCUAGGUUCCUGUAAGUUUUUUUUUUUUGUGGGGGGGGGGGAUAAAUGAUUAUUUAUUGAGUCAUAGUACAAUACACCUUAGAUUGUUUAUUUGAAUGGGCAAGUAAGCUUUAGGUAUUUAAGAAAAAAUUAUAAAUGGGAUCAAAUUUAGCAUUUUGGAAUAUAUCAUUCCAAUAAUUUGCUUAAUAUAUGACUUUGAUUAGCUCUUGUUGACAGAAUACAACGUACAUUAUUAGAAAUGAGGAUAUAUUUAGUAUAUGAAUUCCUGUCAGUAAAUGUUGACUGUUUAUUAGUAGAACUUGUUGGUAGGUAAUAAGAAUAAAGGCAUUUAAAUAAAUUAUCAGUCAAUUUACAACAUUGUGGAAAUAUCGAGUACGAACAAUGUGCAAAAUUUCCUCUCAUAUUAUUACAUUAUCCUGGCUUUAAUAUGAACAGUAUGGUGAGGAGCAUUUUAAGAUGUAUACCUUCUUGUAAUUGUGUUCAGUUUGCCAAGUAUAUUAGUCUCUGGAAUUAUACACAAAUUACAUUAAAUUAUAGCUGCAGUUCUAUAAGAACAAGGAUGUAAAGCAAGUGUAAAUAUUGGAGAUAUUAUUGAUAAUGCAAUAUUAUUUUUCCUUUUGCUUUUUGUGUUAAAUUAAAACAAAAGUUAACAUGUUGAAUUGGUGCAAUUGCAAAACACAUUGAUAUUUUGGCAUUUGUUCGUAACAGAGUAUGUUAGUGUUUCAUUGUUGUAUCAGGUAGUUAAGGCAAUUUUGUUGCAAUAUUACAUUUAUUCAUUAAGACAGCAAUCCAGAGAAGAAUAACUGGAACCUUUUUCUAUAGAAAAUUAACAAAUAAACAUAUCAACAUCUUAGAUGGAAUAUCUGGUAAACAUAUCAAGCUUAAGCGGGCUUAGGAAGCCUGAUAUUAAAUAUUUGGGAUUAAAAACAAAUACAGUAAAAAUAUACGUUAUGUUGCAUCAGCACACCUUUAUAUAUCAUAAUAGUAUCGGGGGUGGGGGGGAGCCUGAUCUCGGGUAUGACAAAGCAUGUGCUUUUUUAAUGUGUAUCCACUACUGUCAAAUAUAAGAUUGUGUUACAGGUUUGAAUGUGAAUUGUGUUAUGAGUGAAGGUUAUGUAUAAGUGAUAUUGGGUUAUUAAUGUUCUGCUUGGGUUUAGGCAAUUGACAAAGAAGUUUUUUUCCAAUGUAUUUUGUUGUUCACACAUGGCCAUUUGGUGCAUCAUAUUUGUGUCAGUUGUGUUAAUCUCAUAUUUGUGUAAGUCUUGCUAUUUUGGCCAGUUUUAUUUAUUUAGCUGUUAAGCACAGAUUCAUGUUUAUAAAAAAUUAUAUGACUGUAUUAAAAGAAAUUGCAUGUGUUUAAUAACAUUUGAAAUUAUGUUAUGUUGUCUAAAAUUCAAGAGAAAUAAACUGUUCACAUAUCAGUUCUUU